AUGGAAGAGAGACUCGCACUUGAACGACGCAGGGAAAGGAAUAGAUUAGCACAGCGGAAACAUCGUGAGAAUGCGAAAAUGAGGAGGCCACGGCAAGCGAACAGCGACGAAUCACUACCUGAGCAAAGUAGCCAAGCAGGACAGGCAGUGAACAAGAGUGGCAAAUGUCCAGGAAACAAUAGCCAAGAAUGCCUACCGUUCUCGGCCUUUCUUGGCCCAGGCUUGGAUUACAACAUUGAUCACCUGUCAGCAGAGAAUUUCUUUUCCGAUGUGGUAUUCUCGCCGCACGACACCGAAUAUAGCCACUUGGACCUGGCACCUGCUAUGGUGUCGCUGGACCAACAGCAGCCAUUGGGGCUGUCCCAUUUCACCGUGGGCACGACAUUCCAGGCCAGCUCAGACAAAUUCAACACUCUUUCCAGCGUUUGUGGCAAUUGUCAUGCUGGUGCCAAACCACAAUCAGUACCCCAUAGUGACCCCAGGUCCACCGACAUGUGCGCUGCCAACAUGCCCACCCAGCCGAUAGGCUACUAUCAAAAUCCUGAGACGGUCCUCAGUAGUGGGGUCGGACCUAGAACCUGGACAACUCCCCUCCAUAUUUCCGUUAGCCGCGGACAUCUCACAGCUGUGCGCCUUCUGCUUGACGGCAGCGCCGAUCCUAACGCCAUUGACGGAGAGGGGUCCACCGUGCUUCAUACGGCGGUCCGAAGCGGCCACCAUGUCAUAGUACGUGAGCUACUACGGCAUGGCGCAGAUCCGAGCGCUGUUGACGCGGCAGGCUGGCUACCGUUGCAUUACGCUGCGGAGGCCGGCGAUGAGAACUGCUUACGGGUCUUGCUGCAGUCAGGUGGGGAUUAA